UGCCUUUUUAUUUAUUUUAGGCUGCUAUUCUACAAAGCACAGCUGAUUACAUAUUUCAGUUAGAACAAGAAAAGGCUAGACUUUUAGAACAAAACUGCCAGCUUAAAAGAAGAAUGAUUAAUUCUCAAAGUAAUCAAGAUAGUGAUGGCAGCUGUUCAGAUUCACCUUUGCCUAAAAGGAAAAAAAGAGACACAGGCUGCAUAGCGGAUUCAACAGAUGAAGGAAUAGGUAGUUCGAGUCCUAGAAGUGAGGCUGGUGCUGAUGAGUCUACCAAAAGAGAACUUAUUGAAUUGAGACUGCAACUGGAACAUGAAAGGGAACUAAGAAUAAUUCUUCAAGAGCAGUGUCGAAGUUUAGAAUCUCAGCUUCUUGGAGAUGAUGGUACCCAAGAAAUAACUAACCUAGCUCCUUUACAGUAUCAUAGUGAACCGGAGGAUUGUGGAAGACCACCUACAUCAGCUUUAAGAAUUGCUCUUGAAAAUGGGCUUGGUAGUCCUCAGUCUCAUACUUCCAAUCAAGAGAGUCCUCAUGAAUUACCUCUUCGAGAGUCAAGUCCAGAACUUUCCAGUGCAGAAGUUCCAGAAGAUCUUUCUGGAAAAAACAGCUCUGUGUUACUUCCAUGUGUGAGUGAACUGUCCAUUUCUGAUGCUGCCAGCAUUCCAGGGAUAUUAAUAUCAUCAGGUCCUUUAAGUACACCACAAACACCUUUCACAGUUGAAACAGACAUUAUUACUCAAAAAGUAUCAUACAAAGCAAGUACAUCAAGGCAGAACCUUGAAACCAUAGUUGAAGCAAUAAGGCAUGUAGAAGGUGAUCAUAUGUUUAGAGAUGAUCUAAGUCAAUCUGAAUCCACUACGGUCCAAUGGUGUGAUGAAGAAAACACUCUCUCAUCUGGUAAAGACCAGUGUGAAGAACAAACAGUAUCUUCCCAUACAAGUUCAGAUUCAAACUUUCGACAUCAAAUCAUCAGGAAUGCUCCUAUCACGCAGUCCCGACCUGGAGUCAUAGUCUCCAAUCAUUCUUAAUAUGCAAUUUCCCCAUAUGUGGGUUGUCAUUCCACCAUUUUCAUGUUUCAUUUAGCACUUUCACAUUAGUGUAAAAUACCCAUUGUCCAUUUUUCAUUAAGGUAAAUUCAGUUCCUCAGUGCUUUGAGCACUUUUAUCUGUUGUCAUUUUGUUUGCUCCUUUAGCACACUGAUUAGUUUGACCAGUGAUUAAUACAGACUGUUUAAAGCCAUAGCUAUUGCCAAAUUUUGGUACUAUGUACUAAAUUUUGGUGCUGAAAUUAUAAUUGUAAAUAUUUAGUGCUCAUGGCUUUCAUUUAGGUUUUUUAGUGCCAGAAAAGAAUAAAUGGUCUACUCACAUUUGUCUGUUACUGUUACAUUUAUAAUGAAAAGGCUUUCUAUACAAGUUUAGUUAGCUAUAGAAAUCUUUUCAGUAUUGCAGUUCUUUCCAAUUUCUAUGCUGACUGAUAUAGAUGCAGCUAGUUAGAACAUUGUUCUAAAAUACUAAAUUAUAUUAAAUAAUCUGGAAAGAAGAUUGAGUGGCAUGGUAUUUUUGACCUUGAAAACUAAAAUUUUGUAAUAGAAUCAAAACCUUAUAGCAGGUAACUCUAAUAAGACAUUGCAUGUGUAACAUACAGCAUAGAUUACAAAUAUUCUGAUUUAUUUUAAACAUACAGAGCUGCAUAUAUAUCAUUAGAUGAUAGAAAUUCAUCUGCAUUUACAUUUAAGAGUCUAUGCAAAGUAACUUUGAUAUCUCAGUUAAAUAACUGUGUGAAUAUUCUGACUGCUUUAUGUUUACAAGAGAUGCACAAUCCUAAAAAUUAAAAUGUAACGUAUGCCAUGGAUGCCUUCUUUAUGGUAUGCACAUUUUCUUUUCUGGGAAUUUAUUGUUGAUCAGUUAUCUUGUAAAUGGUGCUAAAUGCUUUGUUAUAUAUCCAUUUCAAACAGUGAUUUCUAUUAUAACUUACUGCAUCAUUAUGAUGCUCUCAGGUUUUAUGUACUGUGUACUUUUCUAGUUGUUUUGUGGCUUUUACAUGUAGAAAAUUAAAUUAUUAUUCAAAUUUUUUAGAUGAACAGAGCAGUUUACCCAUGCUAAAUGACAUAUAUGUUGAUUUUAUCAGACUAUUGGAACUGCUGCAAAAUUUUGCUGUGCAAAUGAAUGAAAGCACAUUUAAGAAUGCAGUUUUUAAAAAUAUACCAAUGUAAAUGAAAUUUAAAAAAAACUAUAUAGUUUGAAGUUUUAAAGUACAUUUUUUCACUAUAAUGACUAAGCUGGAAGUUUUUACAAAUGACUAAUUGCAUUGUUACCAUUUGUCUGGCGCAGAUAACCUUGACAGGUUUUGUGCCAAAUUACAAUAAUCCAAUCUAAUGCAACUCAUUAUAAUGACAUAUAAUUUCAAGUUAUAGCUAAUUUCUUAUAUAUUUCCAGAAACAUUUUAAAUUAAAGCAUGUUUAGAAGGGGCAGGAUUAUUUCAAGAGUUAAAUAAAUGCUAAAUUGUCACCUAUAAACUAAGAGUAUGGUACUAAGGCUUCUGUGAAGUGAUAUUGGUGAUCUAAGACACUAAAAUGGCAAAAAAAAAAAAAAAAAAAAAAAAAAAAAAAAAAAAAAAAAAAAACCUUUUUAAAAAAA